CGGCAGUUUCUCAUAAAUAAGGAAACAAGCGAGACGAUCAGACAGGUGUACAAAUUUAAAGACUCACCAACACACGAGUGGAAUGAAAACAUCUGAAUUAGUCACUGGACUGCGCUUUGAUUCCAACUAAAGGUACAAAUCGACGACUUGGUAUAGUAGAGUUCAACUAUUUUGGAAGUUUUGCUGUUUUUAAAAACACUAAUACUACACCGGAACGUGCUGAAGAUUGAGUUGGGACUCCUUCACGAACUCUUGUAGCCUAUUUACCUGUCUGAUUUAAAAGCGAAAAUGUCGACAAUAAUGGAACAGCCUUUUUAUGACGACUCGUUUCUCUCUGCUUAUGGCCAUCCAGGCGCAGCCCUGCCAGAUUACAAGUUACUAAAGCAGAACAUGAACUUGAAUUUGCCCGAUCCUUAUCGGAGCUCCAACUUCAAGUCUCAGCACCUGCGCGCCGACUCCGAGUUGUAUUCGGCGGUGACGGCGGAUUCGGGCUCCCUCAAACUCGCCUCGCCGGAUUUGGAGCGACUCAUCAUCCAGAACAGCAACGGGCUGAUCACCACCACGCCGACACCGAGCCAGUACCUAUACAACCGCGGGAUCACUGAAGAGCAAGAGGGCUUCGCUGAAGGCUUCGUCAAGGCGCUGGACGACUUGCACAAGAUGAACCAAAUGGCGCCACCUAACGUGUCCAUCGGAAGCGGGGUCGUAGCCUGCUCGGCGCCCGGUUCGGUCUUCGGCUCGCCCAUGCAGGCGGAACCGCUCGAGUACACCAACCUGGGCAGUUGUCCCGCGAAUACCAGCCUGUCGUCGGGCGUCACUUACCCGUCCGCCACGAUCAGCUACCUGCCUCACCACCCUUACCACCCCCACCAUCACCCACACCCACACGCGCACUCGCAGGGCACGGCGCACGUCUCCCAUCCCUUCCAGCACUCGCUGGCCGGCGCCGGGCUGCACGCGCCGCGGUUCGGCGGCCUCAAAGAGGAACCUCAGACCGUCCCGGACAUGCAGAGCAGCGACAACAGCUCGCCGCCCAUGUCCCCCAUCGACCUGGAGAACCAGGAGCGUAUCAAGGCGGAGCGCAAGCGGCUCAGAAACCGGCUGGCGGCGUCCAAAUGUCGGCGGCGCAAGCUGGAGCGCAUCGCCCGUUUAGAGGACAGAGUCAAGGUGCUGAAAACGGAUAACGCGGGGCUGUCCAACACCGCGUCACUCCUGCGGGAGCAGGUGGAGCAACUUAAACAGAAGGUCAUGACGCACGUGAGAAGCGGCUGUCAACUUAUGGUGUCCCCCAAAGUCAAAUCCUACUGACUUGAGGACGCCACGCGGAGCGCUUUGAAAACACUGGACUAUAACAGGAACUGCACUGACAGCACAUGAAAUUGGAUUUUUGUGGCUCGAGUAGCUUGACAAAAGUCAGUGAAAAUGAACAAACACCGUGGGCAUUUUGCAAAACAAGAUGUUCUGUUUACAUUUGAAUUUGUAUAUUAUGAUAUGUAACUUAUUUCCGUUGUCAGGCUGAGCCUGAUCUUUUUUUCUUUUUGUAACUGUAUACAGUAUAUUUAACCCUUAAGGGCAUGUGACUAUUUUUGGUAAUUAAAAAAAACUUGACAUAUAUUAUCAGCAAUUAUUCUUUUACUUAAAUAUUCAGUGUUAUAAACCCUUUAUAGGGCAUUUUACUAAUUCAGUAAUUAAAAACCCCAUCAAGACCUUAUGUCCACAUUCAUGGUGGCUCAAAAUAUUAAGCCAAAAUUAUUAAUUUUAUUAAUAUGUUGAUAAAAAUUUUGGUAAUUAAAAAAAUUGACAUGUUCUCAAUUAUUCUUUUGUAUAAAUAUAUUAUUUCAAGUGUUAUAAACACUUGAAAGGAAAUUUUACUAUUUUUGGUCAAUAAAAAAUGAUGAAUACCAAUUUAAUCAAAUUUAAAAAAUUAAUUAAUUAAAAAAGGCUCCGCAUAACACCCUAAAGUUAAAAAAAAAAAAUCUUUUUACCAUUUUUGGUCAAUAAAAAAAUGAUAAAUGCUAAAAUGUUAACCCAAAAUUGAUCAAAUUAAAAUGGAAAAAAAAAAAAAAAAAACAGUAAUGUAUUUAACACAUUGCUGGCCAUUGGCAACAGUAUACGUUCACUUCGUUUAAACUGGGAACUGGAAUGCUCCUGCUUCCGUGCCACAUAACGUCCAAUCCAUUUUGACUGGGAUGGCUAAUAGCGAUCAUUUACUGCCAGCCUCGUCCAGUAAAAAUGGAUUCGACGUCUAGCACUGUCAAUGGCAGCGAAUGAGCGCCCAAUAAAGGGUUAACUAUUAUAAAUACAAAGUGAAUAACACCAAAUUAAGAUACAAGAAAUGCAUUCUGGUUAUGCCCCCCAAUAACAUUCUAAAGUUCAUUUUUUGGGCAGGGGGAUUCACAGUAAUUCAAUGCCACUGACAGUGAUAGACUUCCAAUUCCUUUAAACUGAGACUGUGGGAGGACUGGCAAUGAAUGCUUAUCUCAGUGCCGUUGACGGCGCUAGACGUCCAAUCAUUCUUGGCUGGGAAGGCUGAUGGCAGCAACUAUUCGUGACAAGCCCUCCCAUUCAAAAGGGAUCGGACGUCUAGCAACAUCAAUGGCAGCCAGUAAGUUAACUGUAUGCCCUAUGAAGGGUUAAAAAAAAAGUUGCAAUUGAGAAAUGUCUUUUCUUUAUAGUUUUCUCGGCGUUUUGAAAAUGUCACCUCCUCGGAAUUUCCCGAGAACACUAGCGAUCAUCUGCUCUGUCAGCAAAUCAGUUUCUCGACCUUGAACGCCCCACAGAGG